CGCGAACAAUCGAUUGCACAUUUUUCGAAAGCCAUGAAGGCAUCAUUAGACCUUGGAGGAGCGUGAGAAGGAAGAAGGUGGCCGACCCGAGGCAGCGUUAUCACCGCUCUUUCCGUCGGCUGAGGCCGUUCUAAAUUCACCAUAUUUUCACCGCCAAGGUGGGAAGAGAACGUUUUAAUUACUUUCGUCCACGAUGGCAGAGCAGAACAGCAACGUCAGAUAUCAAGAGCUGGUGAAUCAGGAGGAGACCCUCCCGACAUCUCAAGAUGGUCCUGCCCCGGAUGCACCUCCUCCCUACAGUAGCGUCGCUGCAGCAAAUGCAGUUUUCUUUGAAUACAAGGAAGAUGGUGGCAGAUUCCCCAACCCUCCGUCCUACAGCGUCGCCACGACUUUGCCCUCCUACGAUGAAGCGGAGAGAAACAAAGCGGAGGCUGUCGUUCCCCUCGUCACCGGAACAGUCACGGAGGAUGACUUUGUGGCCCGGGACAACUUUGAGGAUGCUGACCAGCUGCGAAUAGGCAAUGACGGCAUAUUCAUGCUCACUUUCUUCAUGGCAUUUCUCUUUAACUGGAUCGGCUUCUUCUUGUCCUUCUGUUUGACCACGUCAGCUGCUGGUCGAUAUGGAGCCAUCUCGGGCUUUGGCCUGUCCCUCAUCAAAUGGGUUCUUAUCGUCAGGUUUUCUACCUACUUCCCUGGCUACUUUGAUGGCCAGUACUGGCUGUGGUGGGUCUUCCUGGGCUUGGGCUUCAUGCUGUUCGUCAGGGGCUUUGUUAACUACUCCAGAGUGCGCAAGCUGGGUGAUCCCACCUACGCCAGUCUACCCCGAACAAGGGUGCUCUUCAUCUAUUAGGCCGAGGUGGGCCUGUCAUGACGUAACAGUGUGGCGGAAAUGUGGCGGAAGAGGACAUCACGACACAGCGUAGAACUCAAACGGAUGAAGACGCCUCUUACGCAAACAAACGAUUUGGGGAAAUAGUUUACUCUUUGGUUGCGAUUAUAUUCAUGGUAAGCGGUUAGCAGUACUCUUCCCUCAGUGUAGUCAUUAGUGGCGCAUGUUAUCUCCAUCUUGUGUGUAACAUUUAAUAAGUGAUGCCUUAAUAUUGUUUUGCUAGAAUUACAAGCAUGGCUUCUUGCUUUCCAGGGAGAGGCUGGAAAUCACAACAGGUCUUUAACAUGCACCACAUAAGCAUGCGCUCACUCUAUAGCGCCACCUCAUGGUUUUAUUGUGACUUAUAUAGGCUCUUGUCACACAUUUGUACAGCUGUAAAUGACUCCGCCACAUCGCUCAACUGAGGGUUAGCAGUGUUGUCUCCUGACUCAGUCAGGGAAUUCUUUCAAGUGAAGUCAAAUGACUGUGAAAUAAAGUAAUUGGGACACAAUACCCUUAUACCUACAGGAGGUUUUUCCCAAUACUUUGUCUCUUUAGUGCAGUGUUUCCCAACCUUUAAUGCACCAAGACAUAUUUUACAUAAUACUAAAAAAAUAAUAAUACGGCACACUACCCAACAAAAGUGUUACAAAAAGUAGAUGCUAGUUGUAGCCAAAUCUGUUGAAAAGCAAUUAAUUGUUCUGCCUGUCACUAUAUUUCACUGCCAUAGAUGAACAAAGACAUUAUGUGGUAAAUAAUUUUCUGACCAAUUAAAUGAAAUUGGAUAGUUUCCCUUGGCAGAUUAGUAGUUGGGAAUCACUGGUUUAAUGUACAUGCUUGUCACGCAUGUGUUUUGCACAACUCUGGUGCAAUGUCCAGCAUUGCACGCAUGUGUUGUGGUUUUUGCCCGUUUUUGCUGUAUUAAAUCAGAGGAAAUUGUUCUUAUUCUUCAAAAUGAAUUUAAAGUCAAUGUGGGGUUACCCACUGAAAAAUUAAUAAGAAAGUACCAAUAUUCUGAGUCAUUUGUGCUGGUAUCACACCAACCUAGUUGAGAUUUUUGAAGAUAAUUUACCAUUCUGUCUUUACAACAUGCCUAAACUGAUCAAAAUUUGGCUUUUGUUUUUUUCCUUGUGAUCUAGAGUUUAUUUUCACGUGUUUGAAAUUGAUGAAUUCGAGAUGUUUGCUGUCUUUGGGUAAAAUAAAUAUCGAAGAAUGUUGUAUGCAGGUGCACUUUUACGUGACUGACAAAAAUCAUUUGACCUCGAGGUUUAAAUCCCAGUCUGAUCACUUUUCUGAUUUGCAUGUCAGAAGAAUUUUCCAUGGAAGCACAACAGUUUUCUUUUUUGCCUUAAUGAUUUUAACUUUACUGUCUGGGCUUUGAUGUUAAUUUCAAGUGAUGUAGAGCGACAUCUUUGAGGUUUUGUUGUUAUGACUCUGUACAGAAAAAGAAGAUUUGGUUCAUUAAAUGUCACUUUUAAAUACC